AUGGGAUGCGGGGAGAAAGAGGACGGUUUGCGAUCCCCUACUGGAGUGUGCGAGUUAUCCUUGUUGCCCACUGGUAUCCGCGUCACAGAAAAGGGGGAUGGUGGGGCUAAUGACCCGGUUGGGAAGAAAGGUACGGGGGAUUUGCCAAGUAAACCGUUGCUUUGUGACUUGGAAUUAGCGGGUAUCUUGGGGUUAGUCUUAAUUGUAGCGGGAAUGUUGGGCCUUGGUGUCGAAGCUGUAGGUGGCUGUUUAUGUCGCGCUUCAGGAAGUGUGACUAGAGCCCUGGUGGAUUGUCGUGCCUUGAGAGGUGAAGAGGUAGUCGUCGCUUGGUGA